AUGGCGGAUUCUGAUAAUGAAUCGGGAGGACAGAGAGACCACAACUCGCAUAACGAGACCUCACCAAGAGAGCAGGACAGGCUUCUCCCAAUUGCUAACGUGAGCAGAAUCAUGAAGAAAGCACUACCGGCGAACGCCAAGAUAUCAAAAGAUGCAAAAGAAACAGUGCAAGAGUGCGUAUCGGAGUUCAUCAGCUUCAUCACCGGAGAGGCGUCGGAUAAGUGCCAGAGGGAGAAAAGGAAGACAAUCAACGGCGAUGAUUUACUCUGGGCGAUGACCACUUUAGGAUUCGAGGACUACGUCGAGCCGUUGAAGAUUUACUUGCAGAGGUUUCGUGAUAUGGAAGGGGAGAAGAGUGCAAUGGCCGGAAGAGGGGAGAAGGACGGAGGCGGAGGCGGCUCCGGUGGUGGGGAUGGCAGUGUCGUAAAUAUGGGUACUUCUGGGGGUGGUUAUGAGGGGAUGUAUGGAAUGAUGGGGCAUCAGAUGCAGGGACAAAUGUACGGCUACAAUCAGAUGGGUGGAAGUGGGUCCGGUAAAGUUGGAUCGGGUUACCAUAUCGGAUCCGGGUCUUCAGCUGCCAGUGGGAGACCAAGGUAG